GGAAUCUGUGUCAUUUACCAUAUUGUGCAAUAAAUGCGCGCUCUCUUUCUUAUGCUUCAAUGAAUAUUUAAAUAAAAACAGUUUGGACAUAUUGUUUUACAUUCUAAGAAUAACUCUGGUACGUCAGGGGAGACCAGAACCCUCCGCGCGCGCGUCUUUUUAAACGCGUACGCGCGUAGCCUACAGUGCGCAAACAUUUUCUGGAUGAGAGAUGGCUCUGUUCUCUUUCUCAUAACUGCUUUUACUGACACUAUGAAUAUUUCUGAUAGUCCUCUGGGUCUGGCCACCGUGCUGCCUCUCACCAGUUUUGGCAACGUGCUUUUAUUUCUUUUCAAUAUAAUCCUCGCCACCGCCAUCGUUUUUAUGAACGCGUCCGUAUUUCUCUCCAUAAUGAUGAACCGAGCGUUGCGCAGCGAGAAUCGUUUCAUGUAUAUGCUCAGCACGUGUCUCAGUGACAUCUGCUCAGGUGUGUCGUAUUAUUAUUGUGGGGUUUUGGAUGUGCGUGACUUUUAUGACUCCCCGACGCGCACUUUAUUCAUCGUGCCCACCUUUUUGGGUUUGUCCUACAUGGCGAUUCUGGCCGCGCAGGCUGACCGGUACCACGCUGUAGUGGCACCUUUUAAAUACUCCCAACGCAUGACCCGUAACAGAACCUUACUGGUGAUUUUGGCGUACUGGGUUUAUGCUUUCGCGAUCGUUGCUGUACAAAAUGUGGUGACUGUGGGGGUCGCUAGGAAAGUGACGGCCAUUGGUACUUUUGUGGCAAACAUAUUCACGGUUGUAAUCAUGAUUGGGUUAAACAUCAGGUUGUUUUUCAUUGCCAAAUAUCAGCUGGGACGCGAGCCCCCGAGCGCGGAACGAGACAACAAGCGCGCAUCCGUGUAUCUUAUUAUUGUGGUUGCCGUGUGCUUUCUGGUGGCAUGGUUGCCUCUUUUUCUGAAUGCUAUCGCGUGUAAUUUAGCGGGCUCCUCGUGCUCAGCGUUUAGAAAUGAGGGUUCGGAUCCAAUGCGCAUUUUGCCACGAGUGAACGCAGUUUUUACACCCUUACUGUAUAUCAGGGGCUGCCACGCGCUCAGGAGAACCCUACUAAGUAAAGUCUGGAAAACAACAUGCAAGAAGAAAGGUGUGAAACCUCAGUCUGAAGCUCCACAUGGAUAAGAUGGAGCAGUGGUCUUCAAGACAUGAUCGGCGAGAUAGGAAUAAAAGCAGAGUUUUUAAAGAUGUGCCAUGUGAAGUCUCAGGUCAAAACCAUAUAUCUUAAAUAUUACAAUGUUUUCACAGGAACAGAUGCUGUCCAUGUUGUGAAAAAGUAAGCCUGUGGACUGUAUGAAUGUUUCACCCUUAGUUCUUCCCUAUAAUAAGGUCAAUUAAAGAGAAUAUUGACUCAGAUAUUCAUAGUUGUCUCAAAUCUUACAUUUAUGUUUACAUUUACAUGCAUCUGAGCUUGAAUUUAUCAGAAUGAUUUAUCAAUGGAUUAUGCAAAGUAUUAGUAGCUUGCUUUUGUAAUUUUGUUAA